AUGGCUUCGGCAAGUGGCAAUGCAAGGAGCCGACACGUCGAGUACAAUUGGAUUGACGGCGCCGAGUCCCUUGAAAAAUACAAACCCGGAGGCUAUCAUCCGGUGAUGAUUGGAGAUAUGCUCCACGGACGAUACCGCAUUGUGGACAAAUUAGGUUUUGGAGGUUAUUCGACCGUUUGGCUGGCGCGCGAUACUCGCCUGGAACAGUAUAUUGCUGUCAAAGUCUGUAUAGCAGACUCAAAGUCGCGCGAGGCCAACAUUCUCCGAGCCCUUUCUCCACCAUCCCCACAUCCGGGGUAUAGUUCUAUUCCUCUACUAUUGGACGAAUUCGAGCUGAAUGGUCCCAACGGAAACCACUUUUGCUACACAAUGACUCCUGCACGGUGUAAUCUCAGGGAAGUGUCUUUUAGUCACAUAUUCCCUCUAGAAGUAGUGCGGGCUCUCGCAGGUCGUCUCACGCUAGCUAUUGCCUAUAUGCAUUCACAGGGUUAUGUCCAUGGAGAUAUCCAUCUUCGCAAUAUACUAGUCCAGCUUCCAUCAAGUUUCGAUCACCUUUCGGUUGAGCAGCUAUACGAAGAAUAUGGAGAGCCGGAAACAGUUCCCAUUACGCAAUGCAAUGGGAAACCGCUUGCCCCAAAUAUCCCAGAAAAAGCAGUAUUGCCGCUGUAUCUGGGGAAAGAUGCGGAGGCAUUUUCACUUCCUGACGCACAGGUGCUUCUAAGUGAUUUUGGCGAGACAUUUAAACCUGACUUGGAACUUCGUCAGGGAAAAGAUUGCCAUACACCGCCAGCAGGACGACCUCCAGAGGCUUGGUUUGAACCACAGACUUCUUCUCUCUCAUAUUCAGCAGAUAUUUGGAGCUUGGCCGUGGCAAUUUGGGAGAUCCUUGGUAUGAAGGCUAUUUUCAGCAGUGAAUAUGCUUCUGUAGAUGAGAUAAUCUCUCAGCAAAUUGAUGUGUUGGGACCUCUACCUCUCAAGUGGGUUGAGAGUUGGGAAAAGCGAAAUCAAUAUUUCGAUGACGAUGGUUAUCCGAAGAAGGGCCGGUAUGUGUGGCCGUCGAUCGGCGAAGCAUUCGAGGAAGGUGUGCAGAAGUAUCGACGAAAGCUUGGAAUGGGCGAGUUUGACAGGGAGGAAGCAGCCGCUAUUCUAGACCUGAUGCGUCGAAUGUUAACAUUCCGGCCAGAAGAACGGCCAACAGCUCGAGAGGUCCUACAGUCGAGGUGGAUGGCCCAAUGGGUAUUACCAGAUUUCGAGCGGAGUUCACAGACGGGGUAG